AUGACAACAGGGACCGUCAAGUCGUUUAAUGAGGCUAAGGGCUUCGGCUUCAUCACGGCCAGCGAUGGCAGCGGCGAUUACUAUGCUCAAUUCGCUUCCAUUGUGACCCACGGGUUUAAGACGCUGAAAGUUGGUGAACACGUGAAUUUCGUGCCCAGCACCGGCCCUCACGGCCGUGAGGCCAAGAACAUCCGCAUCAUUUCCUAA